AUGUCUGCUCCAAAUCCAAAAGCUUUCCCAUUAGCUGAUUCUGCUUUAACUCAACAAAUUUUAGAUGUUGCUCAACAAUCUCAAAAUUUACGUCAAUUGAAAAAAGGUGCUAAUGAAGCUACUAAAACUUUAAAUAGAGGUAUUUCUGAAUUUAUUAUUAUGGCUGCUGAUACUGAACCAAUUGAAAUUUUAUUACAUUUACCUUUAUUAUGUGAAGAUAAAAAUGUUCCUUAUGUUUUCGUCCCAUCAAAAACUGCUUUAGGUAGAGCUUGUGGUGUUUCAAGACCUGUUAUUGCUGCUUCAAUUACUACAAAUGAAGGUUCAACUUUAAAAAAUCAAAUUUAUGCUGUUAAAGAUAAAAUUGAAACUUUACUUAUCUAA